GCAGCGCCCGCAGCGCCUCGGUGCAAGGGGCGUCGGAGACGGCGUCUAGACCUGGAGCGACCCUGGAGCCAACGCCCAGCGCAGCCGCCGGCCAGGACCCCGCCCAGGACCUCUGUGUCGUCCCGUCCAGACCAAGUGCCAAGAGCCGGUACGAACUAUGCGCCGUCCCCUGCCACGCCAACGGCAUGCUGCUGGACCAGGUGGGCGUGGACUUCAUCGCGUUAGAAAACAGGGUGGCUGAGCUGGAACGUCAGAUGCGGGUGGACUACGAGGUGCUCCCCCCCAUCGUGCAGGACCUGAAGCAGGAGGUCACGAGGUUCCGCGCCAAGCUCGAGAAGACGGAACACCUCGGGUGGAUGGGUUACUACAAGGAGCUGCCUCCGCCCGAGGACUGCCGUCGCCUGCAGUACCGCCGGCGCAGCCAUGAGGAGCAGCGCCGCGUCAAGGAGCACUUCCUGGAGAUCUGCGAUGUGCCGCCCUCCGAGGAGAUCAAGGACGCCCUCAAGACGGCCCUGUUCGACUGCUCGCCGCUGUCGGACUCGGACAUCCUGGCGCUGCUGGAGUGGAUGUACCACGACUUCGGGCUGCCCGAGAAGUUCCACAUCGACGCGAGGACCAUCCGCGCCUUCCUCUACGAGGUCUACAAGAACUACAACGAGGUGCCGUUCCACAACUUCCGCCACGGCUUCUGCGUCACACAGAUGAUGUAUGCCAUGGCGUGCUGCGUGGAUGUGCCCGCCAAAGUGGGCGACCUGGAGACGCUGAUUCUCAUCACGUCGUGCAUCUGCCACGACCUGGACCACCCGGGCUACAACAACAUCUACCAGAUCAACGCGCGGACGGAGCUGGCGCUCCGCUACAACGACAUCUCCCCCCUGGAGAACCACCACUGCUCCGUGGCCUUCCGCAUCCUGGAGCUGCAGGAGUGCAACAUCCUGGCCUCGCUGCCGGCGCACGUCUUCCGGACCGUCCGCGAGGGCAUCAUCCGCUGCAUCCUGGCCACGGACAUGGCGCGCCACAACGAGAUCCUGGCCCAGUUCAAGGACAUCACGCCCGAGUUCGACUUCGGCAACAAGUCGCACACGGACCUGCUGAGCAUGGUGCUGAUCAAGGUGGCCGACAUCUCCAACGAGGCGAGGCCCAUGCACGUGGCAGAGCCCUGGCUCGACAGAUUACUACAGGAGUUCUUCAAGCAGAGUGACGCGGAGAAGAUGGAGGGCUUGCCGGUGACGCCCUUCAUGGACCCCAACAAGAUCACCAAGCCGUCGUCGCAGUGUUCCUUCAUCGGCUUCGUGCUGCUGCCCUUGUUCGAGGCGUUGGGCGCUCUUCUGCCGCAGCUGCAUGACAUGAUCGUGCAGCCCGUGCGGGAGGCCCUGGAGUACUACCGCCGCCUCAACGAACAGUGCCGCGAGGAGCGCAUCCACCGCAAGUCCAUCGUGGACCUGGGCGACCUGACCCCCGCGCACCUCGCGCAGGCCGCGGCGCACGGGCAGGACACGCAGGCCCUGGUCAAGUCCGGCUCCGGCUACUCCGUCAAGUCCAGGAAGUCCUUCCAGACCGUCCGCUCGAGAUCGCGCUCCGCCGAAGAUGAGGCGUUGGAACGGCCGCAGGACGUGCCGAACACCGAGGACGCCGUCAUGGAGAAAGUCCGCGAGCAGGACGAGGAGGACGUCGAGGCUGACCCUGCCGGGCACGACGACGACGCCGCGGCCGACGAGGUUGGCGACGAAGAGGAAGAGGACGUGGAUGAGGAGGAGGAAGAAGAAGAGGAGACGGCCACAGAGGUGGAGGUGAGCGAAAAGACGCUCAAGUUCAAGAUCUCGACGGAGAGCGGCCGGAAGAGCUACCCGGGCAGCAGGAAGGGCAGCCGCGACAAGAGCGCCCUGAGCGGCGACCUGGCGCACCAGGAGCUGGCGCGGGCCGUGCGCGACCUGCACCACCACCAGCACCACCACUACCACCACGGCUCUGCCGCGCCCACGCCGCCCACGCGCAGCUCCCUGGCCACGUCGCCGCAGUCCGGCCGCUCCACCGAGUUCAGCCGCUGCAACGGCGACAAGGACACCAAGUGCCUGUCGUUCGAGGACGACACGCUGUCGCGGUCUUCGCACAGCCCGUGCAGCGGCGAGGGCAGCAAGCGGGGCAGCACGGCGGGCCGCGGGGCGCGCUCGCCGCAGCCUCCCAGGGACACGUCUCCCCUCGGCAGCCCGGUGGCGCCACCCUCGGACACCCGCGCCACCAGCGCCGCCGGGACGCAGUCAGCCGACGCCAGGGCGUCAUCGUCACCGAAGCUCCGGUCACCGACGUCGUUCCUAAAGAAGCUCAAGAACCUGACGGACAGGCUUUCCUUCAGCGUGAGCAGCGACAGCAGCAGCCGGGAGGCCACGUCCGCGACGGCGUCCGCGGGGGCGUCGCCGUGCCACGGCGCCAACAGCCCCACCGCCAGCGUGUGCCCCGGCGCAGCCACUUGCCCCGCCUCGCCUAUGCUGCACCAGGCCGACGGCACCAGGGCGCGGCACGGCAGCGACGCAGUGGACUCGCUGGAGAUGCGCGCCACCUUGCCGAAGACCCGGGGCCCGCGGGGGUGGCGGUCGCUGCUCGGCGCCGAGCCCAACCCACCGGAGCGGCGGCGCCAGGCGUCCGUCAACGCGUCCCCCGAGGCCGACGACGGCCUGGACCUGGCCGCGGCCGCAGUCGCCGAGGGCGAGCCCACCGGGAACAACAACAAUCGCAAGAAGACCGGCAACCUGUGGAGCCCCGGCAGCCGGCGGGGCGGCGGCCUGCUCAACAGACUCAAGCAGUCCGGGGACAGUAUUCACAGCGCGGGCGGCGCGGACGCGGACGCGGCGGGCGGUGCUGACGGAGCUCAGGGCCCUCACGGCUCCGAAGGCGGAGCAAGCGGAGCAGGCCGUCAGCCCGGCCUAAUGGCGUCCCUGGCCGCGUCCUUCCGGCCCAAGAAGCCGCCGCCCGGGCCGUCCGGGCCGUCCGGGCCGUCGGGGCUGCCUCCCGCGCCUACGCCGGCCCCGCAGUAG